AUGCGGCGCGGCAGAUUGAUGGGCGUUCUGUGGGCCGUGGCCUUGGCGGCGUUCCUGGCGGCGGCGGCGGCGCAAGGCGGAGGCGGCACUCCGCAGGAGAACACCAACGCCCUGCGACCCGGGCUCACGGUCGAGGGGCAAUGGAGGCAGUGGCUCACCCACAACCUCACCACCACCUACCCCUCGUCGUUCCCCUUCGCCGUCCCCAAGGCGGACGACGACUUCGCCACCGACGUAACGCUCAAGAUCGUCGUAUACUCCCUGAUGGAAUUCCACGAGCUUUCCGGAAAGGUCGAGAUGAACUUGUGGCUCUACGCGAGGUGGACGGACACCAACCUUAAGUGGGACCCAUCGGAGUGGGGGGGCGUCGACAAGAUCAUCAUGCCCCCGUCCAGUAUCUGGACCCCGGACCUGGUGUCGUACAACGGGGCGGAAAGUCCGCUCACGGGCCUGCGCGGCGACGCCGAAGUCCUCUCGGAGCAGCUCUACGUCAUCGUGACGUCGGACGGCCAGUGCCACUGGUCGCGGCCGGGCGUUGUGGCCUUCUCGUGCAGCGCGGAGGGUCAGAACCGGAACGGAGGGCGUCCGUUCCGCGGCCCCGGCUGCAACCUGUACGACGAGGACACCAAGACGUACGUCGCGGACAACGACGGCGAGGGCGCGUCCACGUGCGACCAGCGCUGGCCCGCGCGCAUCUCGCUGCGGCGGUUCCCGUUCGACAAGCAGCUAUGCGAGCUCAAGAUCGGCGCGUGGAGCCGCGACGGCGACCUCGUCAACGUGGAGCCCGAGGCCAGCACCUCCGGCGGCCCCGACGGCAUUGAGAUCUUCGAGGGCGAGGACGGGUCGUCGCCGCUGACCAGCAACAACCAGUUCGAGCUCAAGAUCGCGGGGGCAUCGCGGGUCUCAGAGGUCUACAGCACGUUCCCCGACGCGUCGUGGCCUGCGGUGCACUUCUACUUCGAGGUGUCCCGGUACUCGCUGGACUACAUCGUCAACCUCAUCGUGCCCGUGUCGUGCGCGGUGCUCUUCGCGUUCCUGACCUUCGCCAUCUCGCCCGACGCCGUCGGCGAGCGCGUCGGCAUCUCCAUGACCGCCGUCCUCACCGUGUUCGCCAUCAUGUUCAUCUCCGCGGCCGAGCUCCCGAAGACCGACGAGCUGACGACGCUGUCCGCGUUCUACCUCAUCUCGAUCGUCUUCACGCUCAUCCCGGGCCUCUGCGCGACGCUCGUCGGGUACGUCCUCGACUACGAGGCCUUCCGCCGCGAGCGGCACGAGCGGCGCCUGCGCACACCCGCGCUGCUCGCGGAACUGAUGCUCGAGACCGGCGUCCUGCGGCAGGAGGAGGCCGACACCGACGCGGGGCAGGAGGAGCAGCGCAUGCGCAACUUCAUCCAGCUGACAAAGGCCAUGACGCUGCAGAUCUCUCACCAGCACGUGGAGGACAAGAUGGAAACGCACGUGUCGAUGCACCCGGGCAAAGCGAAGCACAACGCGCGGCCGGCGGCCGUGCACCCGAAGACGGACGACCUCGGCGCGUCCGGGUCCUCCGGCGAGGGCGACGUGCACCAGCGCCGGCUGCAGUCGGCGUCGACGAUGGAGCAGGUGGUCAAGGUGAUUCGGCGGCCGAUGGGGCUGAAGCCGCUGCUGUGGACGUUCCUGGACUACGGGCGGCUGAGCGAGCUGCUCGACAGGACGGCGCGCUUCUUCUGCCUGAUCGGCUUCCCGCUGGCGCUGGUGACGCUCUUCACGCACGGGUCGUUCUUCACCUUCGGCGACAACAACAGCGGCGAGGCGUCCACGCUCGCGGUCGGGCUGACCGUCAUCGUCGUGGAGACCAUCGUCCUCGCGCUCGUGGCCACGGCCGUCUUCAUCCACAGCGCGGCGCGCGUGCGGCAGCAGCUGCUCAACCGCGUCGCGUACAACGAGAACGUCCUCGAGGGCGUGAGGAACCUCAACCGGGACGUGUCCUCGCGGCUCCUCAAGCGCAUCGAGCGGAUCUACGGCGUUCUGGACGAGGACCCCGACUGCCGCUACUUCAAGGACGGCGCGCUGUGGAUCACCGACCUCGAGAAGCUCAUGCGGGGCUCCGCGCUCCCCGCCACCGUCUCGGCGCAGAUCCUGGAACGCGCGAAGCUCUUCGCGGACGAGGAGUACCGCGUGCGGAAGAAGAAGGGCGCGAACUGGGCGCCGCGGUGCCUGCGGAACAACGCCGUGCGCAGCGAGCUCGGGCAUAUGGACGCUAGGCUGGACUUCAUGAGCUUCCUUCUCUCCGUGCUGCCGGUCGCAGGGGCAGCGGGGGGGGUGGUGGGGCCCGAGAAGCAGCAGACGUCGUUCGCCCCGAGGCAGAGGCGCGACCCGCUGCGGCCGGAGCGGUCGCGGUUUAACCGGCACUUCAAGGGCUCGUCUUCGGACGAGGAGUGA